GUAAAGGUGGGGUUUUAUUGGGCUUCCAAGGGGAAAAAUGGGUUUUAGGUGGAGUUCUGAGGGGAAAAAAGUGGGUUUUGGGUCGAGUUCUGAGGGACAAAGUGUGGUUUAGGUGGAGUUUUGAGGAAAAACUGGGGUUUAGGUGGACUUUGGGGGUAGAGGUGGGGUUUUAUUGGGCUUCCGAGGGAAAAAAUGGGAUUUAGGUGAGUUCUGAGGGGAAAAAGUGUGUUUUGGGUGAGUUCCGCGGUUAAAAAGUUGUUUGAUGCUGGAGCUGCGGGAGCGAUCCACCCCCGGGGCGCUGUCAGCCCCUGUGCCAGGCUGCCCAAGGAGCUGGCGGAGCGCCCAGCCGUGGAGCUGCGGUGCUGGGGGCCGUGUGUCAGCGGUGGGCUGGGCAGGGGGAGGCCAUGGCCGGAUUGCAGCCGCUCCGGGGGCUGUUCCCACCCCCGGCCGUCCCGUUCCUGCCCCUGGGGGAAACUGAGGCGCUGCCAAAAUGGCGGGCGCGCUGCCAAGAUGGCCGCCGCGGCCUCGCACCGGCGCCUCGCUGGGGGACGGGGGUGGAUCCCGGCGUGCUUUGCGGGCGGGCGCAGCGGAGGGCGCUGAUUGGCCGAGCGGUUGUUAGGGGCGGGGCGGUUGCCAAGGGCGGGCGCAGUGGAGAGCGCUGAUUGGCCGAGCGGUUGCUGGGGGCGUGGCCAGCGCCCCGCCCAGGGUGAUGGGUGCUUGGGGCGGGACAGUUGCGAAGGGCGGCUCAGCGGAGGGCGCCGAUUGGCCGAGCGGUUGCUAGGGGGCGUAGCCAGCGCCCCGCCCAAAAGGCGGUUGCUAAGGGCGGUCGCGACGGGUGCGCUGAUUGCCGAGUGGUCGCUAGGGGGCGUGGCCAGUGCUCGCCCAGGCGGCGGUUGCUAAGGGCGGGCGCGACGGAGGACGCUGAUUGGCCGAGCGGUCGCUAGGGGGGCGUGGCCAGCGCCCCUCUCAGGGUGGCGGCUGGGCCCGGGCCUGGGCCCCGGGUGGGCGAAGGCGUCGUCGUGGGGGCGGCGAAGGAGCCCCCGGGGCCAUGGAGUUCCCUUUCGAUCUCACCUCGGUGCUGGGCGACCGAGUUUGCGUCGUGGACCAGCGUUUGCAGCCGUCGGGCCGCCGCGAGGUUCCGCAGCGGGGGGACGUGGAACAGCAGCUGAGGACGGUGAUCGAUGAGCUGGGAAAGGCCUCGGCCAAGGCCCAGGGGCUGCCGACCCCCGUGACCAGCGCGGCCCGGCUGGAGAGCAACCGGCACGUGCUGUACAUCCUGCACGACGGGCAGCGAGGGGGGACCCCCAAAGGCGUCGUCAUUGGGUUCCUCAAAGUGGGCUACAAGAAGCUUUUCCUCCUGGACAGGGCCGGG